AUAAUAAUGUGCAGUCGCGUAAUGAGCCAACAAUUUUUAGGGGGCGAUAUGGCGUAUCAGUUUUAUUUAAAAAUUUGCGAGUGAGCGAAGUGAGUGAGCAAAAAUUUCGACAUUUUUAUUACAAAAAUUCAAGUUUGUCAGAUUUUUAUAUAAUGUUCAGAAAAUUAUAUCCUUCUAUCUUUCCUUUUGUCUUUUUUUCUCUUGGUCAUUAUUUUUUUUGGGGAGGAGGGUGGUGGGAGCGCCCCAGCGCCCCAUCUGUAUGCCACUUAUUAUGGGCACCAAUGGGUCAUAGUACAAUGGAGUAAAGAAAAUUUUGUUUGAAAAUUUCAAGUUCUGAUGAAAAUGAACCUUUAUUUACUAAUAUGGAGUACAAAGUCUGAGUUGUUGAAAUUAUACGAUUCUUCAGUGCAAUUUUCUGGAUACUGUGGUAGCCGAUAUUCAUGCCAAUUUACCGUACGAUCGUGUCCCAAGAUCCUAGGGCAUACAUACCAAAAACAACCGAACUAAUUAGUUGCGUGUGUCAAAACUUGAGCGAGCGCAGCGACCGAGUGGGAAAGCUCUACGUUCGUGGUGCUGAUAUGGUUAUUUUAGAGCAAUAUCAUUUUAUGAUUUGAAGUUUCUUUUUGUAGUCUUUCCAGAAAAUAUAGGGGUAAUACCAAUUAUUUUCCCUCACCCCUUUACUUCUGACGCCUGUACGAAUGGUAACCCCUUGUCAAAGCUCUACUUUCCAGGGUUUUAUGCGGUUGAACCUAUUUUCAUACAAAAAGAAGCAAAAAGAAAGCGGAAGACGGGGAGUGCAUCACAAAGCCUCCGCUCCGCCCCUUCCUCAUCCUCCCAUUGACACCUCAUCGUCUCCGCCGUACGUUCACACACGAAGAUGAAAACCCGGCUUCCCGUUUCGUGUUGAAGACUUUCCUGACUCACUUGAUGCUGGAGAGCAGACACCGAUACAACUUUCGAAAACCCCGGCAAACGGAAACUCGGAAACUUCUGCAGAAAAUAAGGCAAUCAACUUGCUGCCACCAAAAUGCCUACAGACUUCAGCGGUGAGUGGUUGAUGGUGAGUCACGGUGAGCUUAGUAGUGAUCUGAUGGAUACGAUGGGUAUCCCUGCAGAAAUCCGCCCCAGUCUACCGAUAAAGACACUCACGGUCAACAUCACACAGGAUGGAGAUCAGUUUGAGAUCUGUAGCAAGACUCCAGAACGCAGUAAUAGCUACAGUUUCCAGGUUGGGAAGAGCUUUGAGACCAGCUUGGUCGGCUUUCUACCCAAGAUGACGGUGACUGCGUCGUGGGAGGGCGAUAAACUGCUGUUCACCGCUGAGAAUGAUUUCAAGAUGGUUCGUGAGAUCACGGAAGGGAAGAUGGUAGCCAUUGUAUCAAAGGGUGACGUCUCGUUCGAAGUGGCCUUCGAUAAAGUAUAAAACGUAGGCUUUCGCAAGGCGGGAUGACGGGAUCGAGAGAGUUAAUGUAAACCGACUAGUGGUAUCCGACUGCGACCCGAUUCUCGUGUAAUUUGAAGUAGAAUUGAUGAGGGUUCAUUUCGUGGGGCAAAGCUGCUUAACUCUAUAGUUACCCUGCGAAAGUGACUCCACAACAAAUAAUACUUAGCGUUAUUGCAGUAACAGAGUAUUGUGUGUUUUUAGGUCAGUUUGUAAGUGUGACUGCAGCAUUUGAUUUAAAUGUGUGUAGGAUUGUGAACUUUUACUUUAACAGACAGGCUAUGUCCACCGUAGAGCGUGUCCCCCCCCAAAAAAAAAAUGCAUUGUCUUUGUAUCAACAAGCAUUUAAACCUAUAAGCUUUUAGCGCUUAAGGAUUUGGCAUCUGUGUAUAUAUUUUAAUGAUAUUAAUCAACGUUUCAUCGUAUUCAGAAGAUAAAUGAAUCUGCUUAAGAGUUUGUAUCAUCGAAUGAGAACCAGUUGUGUUUGGAGGCAGGAAGGAGGCACCGUGUCACGGGCGGCACUUGAGAGGGCGCAAAAACAUGCCAAAAAGUCAGAGAUAAAGAUCAAAAGGAGGAAAAUAAAGAAAACACAAAUAUAUCAAGAAGAUUGAUGUCCCAUUGAUGCAUCAAAAAAGUCUUUAUAGGCUUUAAGUUUUGACAGCUCAAUGAUCGCCUUGCUUCCUCACAUAUGAUUCCUCUCAGAACUAUUCUCAUCCAUUUGUAGUUCUGAAACUACCUUCUCAAAAGCAUGAUCGGAUUCCAUUGUUUGUAAAAUUGUACGGCUUAAAAAUUGGUUUGAAAUUAAUGUUACCUCUGAUCGAGGGGGGCAUGCAAGGUUAAGGGUGCGCAGAAAUAAGAAGAGAGGAAAAGAAAUGCGCUUUGUUAUUAAGCAAAAUGUGCAAGAAAUAGCGUUUUGCAGCUUAAUAAGAUUGAAUUUGUCACUACACCCAUAAUAGAGUUAUUUUAGUGCAGCUUAGAUACGCCACUAUAGGGAUCAGUAGCCUACAAUUUACAUGCAAUCUGAGAUAGAUUUUGGUUUUUGUUCUGACUGCGGUAUUAAACAAAAUAGAGAGUUACUUCCGUUUUGUGUUAUUACCAAGACCUUAAACCAUAUUUGUAUCUUUUUUAUAAUUAAACUUAUCUUCUGGAAAUCGGCCUGUUUAGAGUCGAACUUGUAUUUUUUUCACCUCACCCUCUUCUAUUAAUCUAUCUCUUACAGAGACAUCGAGAUAGAGAAAGCUUGCUAAGAUGUAAGUUCUUCCACUUUCUGUAACAGUUUUUUUUUAAUAUUCUUGUGCAGAAUUGAAAUUAACCUUGAGUCGCAAGACCUCCAGGCAGGUUAGAAAAUAAAUCUCCAUGUAAAUAUAUUUUCUUACUGCUUGAAGCCCCAGUAAACAAUUUUUCAAAAAUUAUAAUUUGAUACGACUUAUAAGACACGGGAGGAUAAACAUUUUAUAGCAUUUUAAAAGUAUAUGAAGUUGUUCGAAGUUUAUUGUAAUUUUCGCCAAUAAUUAAUUGUAUUCAAUCAUUAUAUCUGUUUUACCUUUGGUAUAUUUAGAAUGAUAGUGUGAUAUACUUUCGGAGCCUGAAGACUGAAUAAUUUGCUGUAAAAUAGUUAUCAUUUUUUGACUUUCGAUAUAAGUAAGAGAUGAUGUAGAGUAGUUUAUUGAUUUCAAGUGAUGAAGAAGAAGGAAAAGGGAAGUAUAUUGGGAAAGAAACAACUGAACAUUGCAAUUCCGUAAUCAAACAGUUAUCUGCACUUCUCCCUCAUAUACAGUAUAUACAGGCGUUGUGGCCGCUGCAACUAUAAAAAAAAAAUUCCUUACUACGCUGUAUUUCCAACAUUCAGUGAAUAAAAAAAAUGGUAAUGAAUUGUAUUGU